UCUCUCUCUCUCUCUCUAUCUCCCUCCUCCAGUUCCUUCAGACACCAUUCCUUCCUUAUCACUGAAAACAUGUCUGAAUCUGAAACUCCCGGCGCCGUUGACUUCGAAGAUUGCCUCGGCGUCCUCAGAGUCUACAAAGACGGCACUGUCCGGCGAUCCUCCGACGCAUCCCUUUUCUGCACCCCGGUCAACGACGACGGCUCCGUGGUAUGGAAAGACACAAUCUUUGACCCCCAAAACGACCUCCACCUCCGCCUCUACAAACCCUCUUCCUCCUCCUCCUCCUCCUCCGCCGCCGCCGCCGCCAAGCUCCCCGUCGUCUACAACAUCCACGGCGGCGGCUUCUGCCUCGGCUCCCGAACCUCUCCCAACUGCCACAACUGCUGCCUCAGGCUGUCGUCAAUUCUCCAAGCCGUGGUGGUCUCGCCGGACUACCGGCUGGCGCCGGAGCACCGCCUCCCCGCCGCCGUCGACGACGGCCACGCGGCUCUGAAAUGGCUCCGAGAUCGAGCCGUGGCCGGGGACGACACGUGGCUGAGCGACGUGGCGGAUUUCGGGAAGGUGCUUGUUUGUGGUGAAUCGGCGGGAGGCAACAUUGCUCAUAAUUUGGCGGUCCGGCUCGGAUCCGGGUCGCCGGAAUUGGAACCGGUUCGGGUUAAGGGCUAUGUUUUGUUGGCCCCGUUUUUUGGAGGCACGGUGAGGACCAAAUCUGAAGCUGAGGCUACAAAAGAUCAGAUUCUGAAUCUGGAUCUCGUUGACUGGUUCUUCAGACACUCUGUUCCAAUUGGUGACACAUCGGAUCAUCCGCUAGUGAACCCAUUUGGACCCAGGAGCGAAAGUCUCGAAGCUUUGGAGCUUGAUCCGAUGGUUGUGUGUUGCGGUGGAGAUGAUAUAUUGGUUGAUCGAAUUAGAGACUAUGUCGAGAGGUUAGAGAAAUUGGGGAAGAGGGUUGAGUAUGCAGAGUUUGAAGGAGAGGGGCAUGGGUUCUUCGUCAAUAACCUGGACUCGGAAGCUGUGAAGUCGGUGAUGGAAAUGAUGAAGAAACUUGUUAACGGCUAAUAUCGAGCUCCAAAUGA